UUUCCUCCCACAAUGCACCUCGACAGAAAAUGGCCGUACCGCAGCACUGAGACAAGAGACUUGUGUGGCUGCUGAACCAAAUUGACGCCCUCCUACCGAAGGAACGCGUACGCAAGUGUGAAACGAGAACGGCGGAAGUGACAUAUUUAUAGAGGUUAUUUAUAUAUUUAUAGUAAAUCGGUGCUGAAAGGGCGAAACGCGCGUGAGAAAGUGAGCGGAGGGGGAACCACCCUACGAAGGACCUCGACGUCGUCGACACAGCUGACUCCAAGGAGAGGGAAGAGGAGACGCCGUCGAAACCAGACCUCGCCGUGACUUUGGCCGUCUUGCCCGUCGGCACAAUCCCCCUCCGAGUGCGCACGAUGCACCACGACAGACCCGUGAGGGCUCCCCGUCGCGUUGAAUGAGAAAAGCGUGUCGUUUCGGGCGGCGACGACGAAGGCGCUGAAGGAGGAGGAGGACGAAGUGUGAGAGAGGUGUCGGUGGUGUCCCGGAUCGUAGGAAUCGGUGCAAAAUGUCGGCCGGGGAGGAUUCGAAGGACAAGGGGGGGAAUGAGGACAGUAUUAAGGUGAUUGCGCGGUUCAGGCCGCUCAACGAUUCGGAGGAGAGGGCGGGGUCCAAGUUCAUCGUUACAUUCCCACACAAAGAUGACCAACAAGUCGGCAUAGGGGGCAAAGUAUAUCAGUUCGACAGGAUCCUUAAGCCAAAUGUUACGCAAGAAAUGGUCUAUAAUACUGCAGCCAAAGAUAUCGUAAUAGACGUGCUGAACGGGUAUAAUGGAACUAUCUUUGCCUACGGCCAGACGUCAUCUGGUAAAACCCACACAAUGGAAGGUGUUAUCGGAGACCCUAACCUCCAGGGCAUCAUUCCACGUAUCAUCCAAGAUAUAUUCAAUCACAUUUAUAACAUGGACGAGAACCUGGAAUUCCACAUAAAGGUCUCAUAUUUUGAAAUAUACCUCGACAAGAUUCGGGAUCUCUUAGAUGUGUCAAAAGUGAAUCUUGCCGUACAUGAAGACAAAAAUAGGGUCCCCUUUGUGAAGGGGGCUACGGAACGUUUUGUGUCAUCGCCAGAAGAGGUCUUUGAAGUUAUAGAAAUGGGCAAAAGUAAUCGUCAUGUUGCAGUAACAAAUAUGAAUGAGCACAGUUCUAGAAGUCACAGUGUCUUCUUGAUUCAAGUCAAACAGGAAAAUAUAGAAUCGCAAAAGAAACUCUUGGGAAAACUGUAUUUGGUUGAUUUGGCUGGUAGUGAGAAGGUUAGUAAAACAGGAGCUGAGGGAGCAGUUUUAGACGAAGCCAAAAACAUCAACAAGUCCCUUUCGGCGCUCGGCAACGUGAUAUCUGCCUUGGCCGACAGUACGAAAACCCACGUCCCCUACAGAGACUCAAAACUUACGAGAAUUUUGCAGGAGUCUCUUGGUGGUAAUGCUAGAACCACCAUCGUGAUCUGCUGUUCCCCGGCAUCUUUCAAUGAGCCUGAAACAAAGUCUACCUUAGAUUUUGGAAAGAGAGCAAAGACUGUGAAGAAUGUUGUAACUGUUAAUGAAGAACUCACAGCCGAAGAAUGGAAACGUAGAUAUGAAAAGGAGAAAGAGAAGGUGACUAAGUUGAAAGCACAGUUGGAAAAGAUGGACCAGGAACUCAACAGAUGGCGUGCUGGUGAAUCUGUUAGCACAGACGAACAAGUGGGAUUGGCCUUUGAUAUGGAAGCCUCUGCCACUUCACAGCAAUUGAAUGUUACCGUUGUACCUCCUAUGGCUGUUGAUGGUGAUGCUGCCGAGUGGGCAAGAGAAAGAGAACGUUUGUAUCAGUCUCUCGAUGAGAAAGAUGAUGAAAUCAACCAGCAGUCACAGUUGGUCGAGAAGUUGAAAGAACAAAUGUUAGAACAGGAAGAGCUGAUCUCAUCCACCAGAAGAGACUAUGAGUUGUUGCAAGUAGAAAUGAACAGAUUAACUAGUGAAAAUGAAAAGGCCAAAGAGGAAGUCAAGGAGGUGUUGCAGGCUCUGGAGGAGCUUGCUGUCAACUAUGACCAGAAGACGGAGGAAGUUGACAGGAAGGAGAAGGAGAAUGAGACACUCACGGAAGAGCUCAACCAGAAGCAGGCGUCGCUGAACUCUGCAACGUCUGAACUCCAAACAGUCAAGGAUUCUCAAGUCCAUCAAAAGAAGCGAAUCAACGAAAUGCUUGUGUCGCUGCUGAAGGACCUCGGGGAAGUGGGAACCAUUAUUGGCACCUCAAAUGAUGCCAUGAAGAACCUUGGUGACGUAGAAGGCAAAGUUGAAGAGGAGUUUACAGUUGCCAGAUUAUACAUAUCAAAGAUGCGUUCCGAGGUUAAAAACCUGACCACUCGUUGCUCUACGUUAGAAGCUAAGGAAUUAGAAAUUAAAGGACAAAUGGACGAAGCAGAGAAGGAACUAAAUGAACAUAAGUUGUUGGUUACGCAACACGAAGCAAAAAUGAAGACUCUAGCUCAGUCUAUGAAGGACAGUGAUGCUAAGAAGAGGUCUCUGGAGGAACAGGUUGAUUCCUUAAACGAAGAAUUGGUUAGAUUGAAAGCCGUUUCAAAGGUGUCUGACCAAGAUGGCACAGUUAGAGAAGCUCUAGAAAAACAGAUUGCUCAGCACCGAGAACAGCAUCAAAAGCAGCUGUCAGCUUUGCGUGAUGAGAUAACAGAAAAACAGCAGAACAUAGAUGAGCUUAAAGAUGAGAACCAGAAGAGAAUGGUCACCGAAGAGCAGCUCAAGGCUGAGUACGAGAAGAUAAAAACCGAAGUUGCUGAGAAGACUCAGAAGCUAAGUGAAUUAACCCUGCUCCAUGAUAGGAAAGAGCAAGCCCAGCAAGAUCUCAAGGGUCUUGAAGAGACUGUCGCCAAGGAAUUGCAAACUCUUCAUAAUCUCAGGAAGUUGUUUGUACAAGAUCUUCAGUCCAGGGUUAAAAAGUCUGCAUCAGGCGAGGAAACCGAUGAGUCUGGAGGAUCCUUGGCUCAGAAGCAGAAGAUUCAGUUCCUUGAAAAUAACCUGGAUCAACUCACCAAGGUUCACAAGCAACUGGUUCGUGAUAAUGCUGAUCUGCGGUGUGAGCUUCCCAAGUUGGAGAAGAGGUUGAGAGCCACUAUGGAACGUGUUAAGGCUCUGGAAACAGCAUUAAAAGAAGCCAAGGAAGGAGCAAUGAAGGAUCGUAAAAGGUAUCAGCAAGAGGUUGACAGAAUUAAGGAAGCUGUACGGCAGAAGAAUUUGGCACGCAGAGGCAAUGCAGCUCAGAUAGCCAAACCAAUUCGUGCUGGCCAUGCUCCCCAGCCAAACCAUACAACUGCUCCAGUUAUUCGAGGGGGCAUGCAACCCUAUCAGCCUCCUGCCAUGCAAAAGAGAGUACUAAGUGGGGCAAGAAUGGAUAACUCCAGCUAAAUUUUUAAUGGAUCAUCAGGUCCCGUGUAUUGAAACCACCUCAGUUUAUAGCUACAGCCCAGUUCUUUUUGAGCAGUUCCAACAUAAGUUAUAGUUAUUGUAUGGCUGCUUUCUUUCAGUCUAUUUAUUAUCAGUUGGUGUUAAUUUGAGCAUCUUUUAAAGUAUCGGGUAGAAGUGAUUCUUUAUGAUGAUCGUGUUUGAAUUUAUGUUAUCCAGUCUUAAGUUUGAUUGUAUUGAUCACAAAAUCUGCCAUUAACUUAUUCACUUUUAAAUUGCUUUUAUUAGUAAAACUUUGUUAAAACACCAGAGAAAGUACAAAAGUUUAGAAUUUGAGGAGUUACAUAGAUCAGAAUUGUCUUGGGCGAAUGUUCUUUAACUGAAGAUGCAACGUAAUUCACUACAGAGUUGAGAAGCACAAAAUAUGAAGGAGAAAGUGAAUUUUUGCCAAGUAAGAUUGUCAAGUGAGUCCGGGAUUAAAGGGCAUGAAAUUUGCCAUUUUCCUCCUUUACAUUUUAGUGGCCAGGUCAGAAAUUGCGCGUCCUUGAUGAGAUGUGGUUUGUGUGAUUUUGCUGUAAAUAAUCUCUUGCAUUUAAUCCCGGCUGCUGAGGGGUGAAGGCAAUAAGGUGUUGAAGCUUGUCAUUUUGUUACCAAGGUAAUAGGCUGUGACUAGCUUGCAGUUGCGGGUAAUGCAGACUGGAUAACAGAGUCUGGGUAGUGUUUGGGUAGCAGUGCCUGCUUGCAUCUGAAUGGGAUAGAAUGAUUGUAUGUUGUACGAUGGUUGUGCAACACCUCCUUAGGAACAGCAGUGACAAAAAGGACUCUUUGCGAUUGGCAACACAUCUGUUUUAACUGAAGCUUUAAUGAUUGAUCAGAGGGACACACAACACACACAUACAUGACUGUUGAACUUUAAGAAUAUUCCACUCUAUGUGCAAUGUGUCUUUUCAUUUUCCCCCUUCCUUCUUUACCGUUAAAUGUAUUAUAGUGACAGUUUCCUGCAUUUGUAUUAUACUGUAAAGUCUUAUUUGGAAGUGAAUGCAGUGUGUUUUGAGGGAUUUAUUUUUCGAAAAAUAUAUUAUAUGAGGGUACUCUCAAUUGGUUUAGUUAGUAUAGAAUAGUUUUAUUUUUGGCAACCUAGGUUUCUUUAUUGCACUCCUGUCACAUCGCAAUUGCAGUCUCUGGUUCUUUUCUUGAAGCAUUGGAUGUCAGGUUUUUAAGGAGAUCGAUGAAGUUAACUGCUUGUUAUGGUUAUUACGCUGUUGCUUUUCAACCAGUUGAUUGUACCCCUUUGUUCUAGUCAUUGUGAAAUGUUGGGUGAGUUGUAAGUCAAAUUCAGCAUCAGUAAUUCUUAACUUAAAUUUUUUUUUUCUUUAAUGUAAAUUUUACAUCCCCUGUGUAUACUCAAAUGAUGAUAAGAUGGAUUUGAUUAUGCCGGACAGUGGAUAGGUUAUUUUUUUAUUUUUUUUUUAGGAGAGAACAUUUCAUGAUGACCUUGAAGUUAGUAUUUUGCAAUAGAGAGCGAGAAGUCUGAGCUUAUGCCAGGAACGUGAUCUUUUAUUACUCUUUACUUUUUACUAAAUGAAAUCCUUUAUGUGUAGUCUCUUAUAUUGGGAAAGAUUAUUGUUAUUAUAGGGAACUGGGUGCAGCAGCCAGUUGAUUCAGAUAAUGUUCUUUUGAUAGAUGUACUGUAUGAUAACGAAGAUGAAAUGAGCCAGAUCUGACGUUGCUCGAGAUGCUGUUCCUCUGUAUGUUUCAAUUGCACUCGUUAGUGUAUUUAGGAGAAUGAUUUCCUGUGCUUUAUGUAUCUUUUACAGGGGCAGGGAAAAAUACGCCAGUGCUCAUGCUGGAUUGUAAUGAUAAAAAAUAGUCAUUAUGUAUGGAAUUGAUUCAUUUGAGCCUUUUCAUAAUAGUGGAGUGAUUAAUUCAACUGUUCCACAUAACCACGUAACCGUUAAUGAUUGGUCAGUAACAAGGGAUAGAAGCCAUUCUUCACUUCACUCAUUUUGAGAUGUCUUGGUUUUAUUUGUGGAAAUAAUUUAUAUGUGGAGGUUUAGCAAUUUUUUUUUUUUUUUAAUAUCCUGAAAAUUAAUACUUAGACCUAUAGUCAGUCUGAACUUUUAUAGUCUUAAUUUAAUCCAUUCCUGGUGGAGAUUUUUUUUAGGUACGUCUUAAUUUGGAUUAAGUUAUUUAUUUAUACUUGUACUCCUUAUAGUAUGAGAGCAGCUACCACACAGUCCAUCCCACCAUCACCACUACUUGUUGUUAGCCGUGCCAGCCACCCCCUUCCAAUGUCCUUUUGAUUCGCUCAGUUGUGUCUCGGACAAGCAGAGAAUUCUCAUUAGUCCCUUUUUGUACCAGCCGUAGUUAACUUCAAUGAACCAAUUCAUAAAUGCUGGAGUGCAUUCCAUAUGGAAUAUUUGCUAGCCUAGUCCUGUUUUGACCCUUUGGAAGAUAUUCUUUUAUAACAGUGAAUCAAAGCGUCAUUAUAAUCUUAAUGAAAUGUAUAAUUCUCGUACUACUUCAGAACAGCUAUGCCUUUCCGUAGACAUAUAAUAGAUGUUAUUUUGUAACUUACGGUAUCUAUGCAGUAUACUAUUCAUAUCAGAAAUUAACAUGGUUAUCAUUGAAUGCAACAGUACCAAGUUACAGCUUGAUUGCAGAAGUCUAAUUAAAAUAGGAACCAACUAUUGGUACAUUCAAUAUAUGGCUUGCAUUCCAGUAAGGUUUUUCGUGGGAAAGUUUUUUUUUCUCAUACCACCAAAAAGCCCCUAAAAUUGGGUACACUAGCAUGGAAAAAAGGUGCUUCUGAAGUCUUUUGAAAAGGUGCAUUUUGUAGUGCUCAUCCAUCGUGCUUCUAUUUAAAAGUGACUUGAAAUUUCACUGUAUAUAACAUUGGGUGGAAAUCCCUCUUGAGUUUUUCUUGAUUAAAACUCAAAAUGUAUGAACUAAAAUUUGUAGCCUUAAGAUCCCCCUGAAUCACAUGGUAAAUAUAAAUGGCUAUGUACACCAGUGCUACAAAAGGUGCCUCUUCGUUACCUUCAGCUGUAACCCUGUGGACUUUCGUCGUAGAGCAGAUUUGUUUGUGCUCGGCUGAGUUCUUCAUGAAGAAGAAUUGAGAUCGGAGCCUCUUGAGUAUUAUGAUUGUUGAUAGUGUAAUGCAAGUUGCCCAUGCUAGUAGUAUGACAAUAUCGGAGCUUACAGUCAUGUAUCUACAAACAACGUAUAACUACAUGCUUAAGGCUUUGUCCAAUACCAAAUAUACUUAAUGUUGCUACACUACGUAUAUUUGUUGGAAAUAACAGAGAAGUGUGGUUAUUUAACACAAAGUAUAGUUAUAACUUUUUAUCCCCAAACAGACGUCCACAUCGUGUUAAACAACCAUAUGGUAUUUGUAUUUGGUAAUUGAAUACCUUUUAAUUGGUGAGAAAUUCGUUUGCAAAUGACUGGGUAAUAGCUAUUGCAAGGGGUGUGCCGCUUUUUAGCCAAUUUUGAAAUCCAGUUUAUCAUGAAAAAUCACCUUGAUUGUCAGUUUUUCAUUUAUAUCCAUGCAUUUGGGUCAUCAAUAGUCGAUGCUCGAGAGUUAGUCCUUGUCAGCGGCCAGCGGUGAAAAACAAAACACUACCAUUCAAACUGAUUAUCGGUUAAUUACAGUGCACUAAAGUUGCUGCCUCUGCUUUACAUGCUUGUACUAUGAAGAAGAUACCAUAGUAAAUUCACCAAAUUA